CCCGGCGCCUGACUGGUAGGCGCUACCGAACAUCAUUGGCAAUAUGGCGGCGUUUGUUUAUAAACAAUGUGAAAAGAAAACACAUUUUUCUUUAAUCAAAAAGUAAUUUGAGUUUAAGUUGCUGGUCCUGAGUGUAAAAGGCGUUGUAUUAUUCCGGAGUGUGUCCCGCCGGUCCCGCCUGCUAAAAUUUCGCUGCAUCGGUAAAAGUGUAACAUAUUUAAAAACUACUACGGUCAGUGCUUGCGACCGCUGCUGAGGGCAACGUCGGCUACGCGGAUGGAAAGCUUCCACCAGCACCAGCCCAUCGGACUCGUUAGAUCCCCGCUGCGGAAGAUGGAAUUUGUACCAAUCGUCGAACGAGCCAGGUCAAGAACAUCUUUGUGCAGAGCUGCAUCCACCGGACAAGGCCAGGUUCCGCUGGAGGAGUUAGAGAACGUUCCAACUAUGGUCCCGGGUAUGGUCCCACUGCGGGAGCUGAAAUUUGUAACAAACAAUGGGCGAGCCAGGUCAAGAACAACCUGGUACAGGGCUGCAUCAACCGGUUCAGGCAAGGUUACGCUUGCAAAUCGGGAGAAUCGGCCGACCACCGAGCAAGAGCCGGGUAAAAAUCACCCUUGUGAAGUGCUGUGUCUACCGGGAGAGGCAAGGGUCCGUUGGAAGAGCAUAAGACCGCCGGACAAGGCACGCAAAAUACAAAAAAUCAACCGAGAAAUCAAUCCUGAAGCGCUAGUGGAUCCGGUAUGCUGGGGACAUCAAAUAUCAAAGAUGAGAAAGAUUAAUUUUGUUAUGAUACCAUCAAAAAUCACUCAACGCAGAUAUACGAGAAUGAAUUAUCAGAUGUCGUCCGAACUUGUACAACUCAAUGAAUUGAGGUUUUGCAGCGCGACUGCGUUUCAAAUGUAGGUGGCGCCAAAAUGAGGUUACUUGCCUAAAAUCGUAUGCCUUUCUGCCGAUUAAAGAACAAAAUCGCUUAUUUCUCAUGAUUCCCUGCAUCAAUCUUAAUGAAACUGGUUGUAAAAGACGAGAAAAAAUUUUUGCUUUAAAAUAAUGAACAUCAUUUUUUUGGGCGCGCAAAAAUUUGUGACCUUUUUCUUUAAAAAACAUGUUUUAGAACACGAAAAAAUGAGUUUCCCUGUAUAUAUCAAAGAAAUAACCAGUUAUAUAGUUGAUAACAGAUGUGUUAACGUAUAUUCAACAAUUUGUAUUGAUUUUUGACAGACUUUCUUGCCAAAUAGUCCAAAUUACUAUCUUUUUCUAAAUUUACAGUUUUCUCAUAGAAAAAUCAAACAAACAUUGGAAAGUUAUACACCAAAUUGUUGGAAAUAAUUUUUCUCAUCCGAAUCCGGCAUAAGUUUUAUAAAAAUGUU